AUGUCGUAUGCAUAUAAAAUUUUUAUACAGAAUGUGUCCAACUACGACAAAGUUCGUAUCAUCGCUCUUUAUGUGAUGAUUAAAAAUGGAAUUUCGGAGGAAAAUCUAACUAAACUCUUUACACACGCCCAGUUGUCCUCUAAAGAUCAGGAUAUGGUCAGAAAUCUGAGUUAUUUGGGAAUUAAUGUCAUUGCUGAUUCACGAAAAAAGUUGUACUCUGUUCCACGAAAGGAAAGGAUAACAGAAAGUACCUAUCAGAUGUCUCGUUGGACACCAGUAAUAAAAGACAUCAUGGAGGAUUGCAUAGAAGAUAAGCUAGAUUUGCAAUUGUUUUAG